GGGAAACAGCUCCACGGAAAAGUUGAAUGCAGUGUCACAAUAUUGUCCAAAAGAUCAUGUAGGUCUAGAGGUAAUUGUCCUGAACGCCUCUCAGAGCUGCGUAUUAAUUUAUGAUGUCGUCGGGAACGGAAUCUGUGUCUAUUUCAGCACUGGACAAAGGGGAUAACCUGCGUCAGCAAGUUCUUACAGCAUUUCCGCUAUGUCAGCUGACAGAAGAGGAUCUAAUACAAAAUCCCCAGUUCUGCAAACUCCUGGCCACACUCUCCCAGUAUGUGGACAACACUGGACUCACCACAGUCCUGAAACGGGAGCUGGAGAAGGCUGAGAGGGAGCUGCUGACCCAGAGACAGACCUGGCUUCACUUUGAGAGCAUCCACAGGCUCCUACAGGAGAUGAUCCAGGAGCACAGCAUCAGAAAGCAGCACGGAGGCGGGCCAGCAGAAGAGGAGAAGUUCUAUGAGACCAUGGAACAGUGUCUUGUGGUAGCUCAGUGCAUCAGACUUCUGGAGAACAGUUCCACCCCUGGUCAGGACCAGUGCCCUGUACUUGGCCUGUCUGCCAAACAAGUGCUCAGUCACAUGCCUUCUGCACAGGAUGUGUGGCAGAUGAAGCAGAGGUUACCGUCAGAACUACAGAAGCACCUGAAGAAGAAAGCAUUUAACCUUCUGGCCUACUACCAGCCUGAGUGGGAGAAGGAGAGUGAGGGACUGAAGUGUGUGAAGCUGUCCCGACUGUCCGAGCUGCUGGAGAGUGAACGGAGAAGAGAGGAGAGCCUGACGGAGAAGAACAGGGAGAACGCCCUUCUGCUACAGCGACAAGCUCACUCUUACCUCACCGAACUUUUGGGAUGCCUGCAGGUCCUCCAGUCUCUGGUCUUGGAGUAUAGGCUGAAAGCACAGAAGGAGCUGGACAAGAAGAAGAUUGAAUACUUUGAAGCCAAAUGUGAGAUUGGCAUGCAGAAGAUCAGGGCAGAGAUGCUGGAGCUUCAGCUGGACACCUACACAAGAGACAAAAUAUCUGCCCACAGAAAAAUGACAGAGAAACUCAACACAGAAUUAAAAGCUGUGAAGAUGGAGAAACAGAUGGUGGAAUCCAAGCUUGCAUCUUUCGAGAUGUUCGGUCGGGAAUUUGAGGCACUUGCCGAGGAGUAUUCCCGACUCCGACAGGAGAUAGACACUAAAACCUGGGCCCUGAAGGAGUUUACCCAGCACACUGUGUAA